AUGGGCGGCGGCGACGGGGCCGCAUUUAAGCGGCCGGGGGACGGCGACCGCCUCCAGCGCGUCCUCGGGCUCGGCUCCCGCCGGGCGCCCCGCUCUCUGCCCGCUGGGGGCCCAGCGCCGCGCCGCACCGCGCCGCCCCCGCCGGGCCAUGCGAGCGCGGGCCCCGCCGCGAUGAGCUCGCACAUCGCUAAAAGCGAGUCCAAGACGUCGCUGCUGAAGGCGGCGGCGAGCGGGGGCAGCCGGGCUCCCCGCCACGGCCCUGCCCGGGAGCCAGUGCUGUCCAGCCGCCGGCUGCCCGGCCCCUGCCCGGGCACGCCGCCGCCGUCCGGGGACCCCAGUUUGCGGAGGCCCCUGUGCCGGCCGGCGCCGCGAGAGGAGGGCGCGCGGGGGAGCCGGCGCGGGCUCCCCCAGGCGCACUGCAGGCCCCGGGAGGCGCCGCCGGCCGCGGCGUCCCGACCUUCGCCGCCGUCGCCGCUGCCGCCGGCCCGCGGGCGGGAUGGGGAGGAACGGGGGCUGUCCCCGGCGCUCGGCCUCCGGGGCUCUCUGCGAGCCCCAGGUCGCGGGGACUCAGCUCCAGCCGCCGCGUCCGAGGCAGACCCGUUCCUCCACCAGCUGCGCCCCAUGCUCAGCUCCGCCUUCGGCCAGAUGCGCCAGGAGGAGACCAGCUAUACGGUGGUGCAGACGAGUGAGGAAGGGCUGGCGGCCAGCGGCGAGCUCCCCGGACCGCUCCUGAUGCUGGCCCAGAACUGCGCCGUCAUGCACAACCUGCUGGGCCCGGCCUGCAUUUUCCUGCGUAAGGGCUUCGCGGAGAACAGGCAGCCUGACAGAUCACUGCGGCCAGAGGAGAUUGAAGAGCUCCGCGAGGCCUUCAGAGAGUUUGACAAAGACAAGGACGGCUACAUCAACUGCAGGGACCUGGGCAACUGCAUGCGCACCAUGGGCUACAUGCCCACCGAGAUGGAGCUUAUCGAGCUGUCUCAGCAGAUCAACAUGAACCUGGGUGGCCAUGUGGAUUUUGAUGACUUUGUGGAGCUAAUGGGACCUAAACUCCUGGCGGAGACAGCAGAUAUGAUUGGAGUAAAGGAACUGCGAGAUGCCUUCCGAGAGUUUGACACCAAUGGUGAUGGGGAGAUAAGUACCAGUGAGUUACGAGAGGCCAUGAGGAAACUCCUGGGUCAUCAGGUGGGACACCGAGACAUAGAGGAAAUUAUCCGAGAUGUGGACCUCAAUGGGGAUGGACGAGUGGACUUUGAAGAGUUUGUCCGGAUGAUGUCCCGCUGA